CAGUCGAUGGUGGAAGCUUCACAACAGAGGAAAACCUCUAGCAUUUCCCGCCUCAGCGAUGCCUUUUGCAGAGAAAUCGAUUGGAAAAUUUUGUGAAUUUCAUUAAAGGGAAUUAUGUGAAAAGUGAUGUGGCAUAUUGUAUUGUUGCUAAAAUCCACAACAGAGAAAGGAGCUUUUAAUUGUAUAUAAUCCCUCCAAACUGUUUUAUUGAAAGAGAAGUUUUUUUUUGCCUAAUCAAAGCUGAGGGAAUUUGCUGUCCAUUGAUUGAGGGAAUUUUCAUCAAUUGCGUGUAAAUUUACCAUAAAAUGAUUUUUACCUCAAUCCCUUAUGGAACGGGUAGUCGAUGGGCCCUUGGAGCCAUAAUCCUUGUACACCAGAGCGUUUACAAUGAAUUUGGAGCAACAACAACGCUUUUUGCGCUCCUUGUUGCAGCACUUCCAGCUACAUUUUCAGCACUCUGCCGCAGUGCCACGAAUAAAAUCACAAACAUCGGCUAUUUGAGGACAAAUCACAAAUGUGACUUUCUACUCCUUUUCCUCACGCUCUGGAUGGACAUUCUGGCCCUUUUGGCAGCAUGUGGUGCCCUAGCAAGGACACUCAGCACUUGUUUGGAUACAAUGACUGGUGGAAUGGCUCGUAUGUGGAUUCUAGGCAGAAAUUCAUCGCCAAACGAGCCAUGGCCAGAUGUUCUGGGUGUAUCUGUUGUAUUCCUUGUAUCUGGAAUGUUUAUGCUGGGCCUGGAGAAUACAAAGAUCUUUGGGUGCCUCAUGAUAUCGGGCGUACUGGGAAUUGUUGGUCAACUGGGGAUUGUGACGUGGCUGCAGGGAGAUGAAACUGAAUGGCAUCACUCAACGUGGUUCCCCGAGGGUAUUUCCGGGGUUGCUGCUGGAGCUGCUUUGUGCGCUUUCUCCUUUCCCGCCGAAAUGCCAACAAGUGCACGAUACAAUCGUCUCACUGGUCUUGCAAUAAUCCUCGUGGUGACCUUUACACACGUCCUCACGGCUGCCUGUCUCUCCACGCUGGUACACUUUCAGCCAGGCAGUGAUUUCUUAGCUGUACCAAUUUUUAAAAUUCUCACCUACGUGGAUCUAACAAAAGUCAUCCCAGCCAUGGCAUGUCUCCUCGUUCUGGCCUGCUCUGGAGCCCUAAUGGAGCUCUUCCCCGAAAUGUAUUCCCUCAUUGUGAAGCUAACAACAUCCGAAUGGAAAAUUCUCGCCAAGCAAAUUGGCUACGAGAGUCGUGAUAGUGGUAGUCCAGUUCUUGCCAUAUUCACCGGAGGUAGUCUCUGUGCAAUGCUUGCCUUUGCUUGUCCCAUGGAGAAUUUAAUCUACAUCCUAGCUGGAAGUCAUCUCCUGGCAACAAUAUUCCGAGCCCUCUACCUCCUAUACACACCGUAUCGACCUAAAUGCAUUGAACACCAGGGACCAUCUCUUGCCUAUACUCGCCUCCAAUCAGCUCCACCUCCUGCCACACAAAAUCUUCCCGCAUCCGCUUCCACUUCCCGCAGUUUGUGGUGCUUCCGCAGGGCAUCAGCAGUAGCGGCUAGUGUGACAAAAGCCCGCUUGCCGAAGAAGCCCCACAAUGAGGAAUUGGAGCGCGAAUGGCUGCUCCUCGGUGAACCUCCAUCGCCACGAUGUCUUGACCACCCAGAUCCCACGGAAGAUGCCGAAUCGUCAAUCCUCAGCGAUGAUGGCGAACAAGCUGCAGCCUCUGAGGAAAGUUCCACCGAUAUUGAUGCCAUUGUCGAUGAGUACCGGCAGAAGAUAAGAGUUUCAAUGGCUGGACCGAUGGAUAAGAAUUUGAAGACACCCUCCGUGACAACUUGGAGAAUUUCCCUCAUUGGAAUAUUUUUUAUACUCUGUGGAAUUGCUUCAAUCACCUUCGGAGUGGUCUACAUGGAAUACAUUUCCCUUUCUUCGGGAAUUCUUGGUGCUCUUCUGGCCAACAUAAUCCUAUUCUGCCUCCCAAAGCAUCAUCAGCAACAGGGGCAGGUUUCCUCCUUAACGGCCACCCUUUCCCUCAUUGGUAGUUGUGUCCUCCUCACGGGGACUCUCAGCAAUUCUUGGGCUGCUCUUGUCUUUUGGAUCACAGCUGGAUUCAUCUUUUGCAUCCGAUGCGACACAUGGUGCUGUUUGUGCCUCGAUGGUGCCACAAUUUCGGCGCACUCCCACAUAAUACCCAAUGUGUCAUCGAAAUUGGACAAUUUGAGGCAGAGAUCUGUGAAUGGUCUCCAUCUGCCGAGUCGCAUUCCAACACACAGAUGACAUUUGGCCAGUUCCGAGAGUGAUAUUCUCGAGGGGGAAGACACCGUGGAGGAGUGGAGUGAUUAAGGAGGAAGAGAUUAUAAACAAAAAAUAAUAUAUGUGGAAAAAGUGAUUUUCAAAUGCGGCCUUUCACAAAACACUUUUAUUUUUCUCUUCUUCUUUUGCUUUUUUUUUAUUCAAAUGAAGCCUUUGAUUCUUCGUGAUUGGUGUGAAGAAAAUAAAUAAAUAAAAGAACUAUUCUAUUUCUGCUAAUGGAA